GAAGGUGAUCAAUCUCCAUCCGUCUCCAUUAGAAAUCACCUUAACACUCUGACAGACAACGACAAGCCCCCUGAAAGCAAAUGAGUUUGAUUUAUUUGGCUGUAAAAACACCCGGAACCGCACCGAGGACGCGGUGACGCCCGUGUGCUGCUGAUUACUGCGCGUUUCUCCGUGAUGCCGCUCGGUUGUUUGUUUUUGAACAAGUCUGUCGCCGCCGCAGCUGUUUGAGUUUUGUGCUCCGCAGACUUCCUCCUACUGCUGGAUAAUUUUACUGCUGCUCGCCUGUUGUGGCCCGAGAGCUCGGGAGAAGGGAAGGAGACCAACCAGUUCUUUGGAUCGGUCCCCUGCUCCGUCAAGCUGCAGCAUCGGGGGAAACCGAACCACUGGCCUGAGCUAGGUGGAGCAGUGACCGCCUGUAGCAUGAUGUCCUACCUCAAACAGCCCCCCUACGGCGUCAACGGCCUGGGGCUGAGCGGCGCUGCCAUGGACCUGCUGCACCCUUCAGUGGGAUACCCAGCGACUCCCCGGAAGCAGCGGCGGGAGCGGACCACCUUCACCCGCUCUCAGCUCGACGUCCUGGAGUCUCUGUUCGCAAAGACCCGGUACCCGGACAUCUUCAUGCGGGAGGAGGUGGCGCUGAAGAUCAACCUGCCGGAGUCCAGAGUCCAGGUGUGGUUCAAGAACCGGAGGGCCAAGUGUCGCCAGCAGCAGCAGAGCGGCAGCAGUGCCAAAGCCCGGCCGCCCAAGAAGAAGUCUUCCCCGGCCCGGGAGAGCACCGGCUCCGAGAGCAGCGGCCAGUUCACGCCACCCGCCGUCUCCAGCACGGGCUCGUCCUCGUCUUCAUCCUCCUCCACCAAUCACACGGGCCCGGUGGCGCUCAGCAGCACCUCUACCUCCAUCAGCACAGUCUCCUCCAUCUGGAGCCCGGCUAUCUCCCCCGGAAAUGCUCCGGCUCCAGCUGCAGCCCCUCUCCCUGAGCCCGGACCCCCUUCCAACGCCUCCUGUAUGCAGCGUUCAAUGUCAGGCUCCGCCGCUGCCGCCACCUCCUACCCCAUGUCCUACAACCAGACGCCGGGCUACGGUCAGGGCUACCCCGCCCCGUCCAGCUCUUACUUCAGUGGCGUAGACUGCGGCUCCUACCUGGCCCCCAUGCACUCCCACCACCACCCCCACCAGCUCAGCCCCAUGACGGCCUCCUCCAUGUCAGGCCACCCGCACCACCACAUCAGCCAGUCGUCAGGCCACCACCACCAUCACCACCACCACCAGGCGUACGGCGGCUCCAGCCUGGCCUUCAACUCCUCCGACUGCCUGGAUUACAAAGAGCAGACUGCAGCCUCCUCGUGGAAGCUCAACUUUAACACCACAGACUGCUUGGACUACAAAGACCAGGCCUCCUGGAGGUUCCAAGUCUUGUGAUCAGGCUUUCCCUCCCACCACCUCCUUCCCUUCCUGCUCGUCCGCUCUUUUUAUUUUCCAGAUUAGCAUAUUGCUUGUUUUUAAAGACAAAAAAAGAGUUUAUGAACCAUAAGACAGCAAGAUAGCAGCAGGAACGCUCAACAAUCGGACUUUGUUUUUUUUUUUUCCUCCCUCUUGUUCCUCCACAUCUUUUUAAAAAUCUUUUUUUUUUAAAAAAAAGAAGAAGAAGAAGAGAAACAAUCCCUCAAAAGUCAAGUGAAGAGAUCAGGACACGUUCCUGAUGAUGACCAGUGGGGUUUUUAAAACGCUCCGACUUGGAUGACCUUAAAGAAAAACCAAACUGUUUUACAACAACAAAAAAAGUCAUUUCAACCAAACUCCUCUGACCACCAGCUCUCCGGCUCUCUGGAUGGGAGGAAUAUUUUCCCCUCUGGUGCACCGACAGGAACUCUCUCCUGCGAGCGCCCCUUCUUUACCUCCAACCCAAUCAAAUCCUGUAUAGUUUUUAUUUCUGAAAAUUUGUUAUUUUAGGAUGACAGAGAUUUUUAGUCAGCUGCGUCGAGGAGCUGAAAUUAUGUAAAUAUGUAUUUGGGUCAGUUACAGUGACCAUGUUUAGUUGGUGUUUUUUUUUUUUUUUUUUUUUUUCCGAAUUUGAAAAAAAAAAAUUGUUUAUUACCACUUUGGGAGUUUAAAAAAAAAGUAAAAUAAAAAAAAGAAGAAAAAAACCUGUAUGUAAAUCUUUCCAAAUAUUCCAAAGAGAACAAAAUUGGCCAUAAAGUUCAGCUUUUAUAAUCAUUGUUUAAGAAAAAAGAAGAAGAAGAGAGAUGUUUUGGCAGUUUUGAAAUGUCUUGAAGAACUAAAUCUAUAUAAAAAAAAAAAAAAAAAAAAAAAAAGGUUAAAAGAAAAACCCAACAGAUGCAGGACUUCCGGACAUUCUGACUCCAGCCUCGACCUCCUUCUCUUGGGCAUUGUCGUGAUUAUUGGACAUGUUUGAACCGCAGCACUUGGCUUGAUUAUUGGAGUCAGAGCAUUUUUAUUAUUAUUAUUAUUAUAUUAUUAUUAUUUUUCUUUUUCUUUUUUUUUUGGGAGAGAGGAAAAUGUGGAUUUAUAGCUCCAAAAAUGACAGUGAGAUGUUGAAUGUAUCUUUUAAGGCGACCACCCUUACAUACAUGUUCAUCCAAUAAAGAUCCGUUAAGUCAUAA